AGUGUGUAUGUCAAACAGAACCUGCUUCAAGGCGACGAUCGAAAGUUAAAGUUGGAAAAACUUCGCCUCAUUUGCGUCACAAUUGUGACCACGUGAGUUAGGUUAGGUCGGCAGUUUGUUAACUUAGUUUGCAAAUAAAUCGAGCAAUAUGUGGCGAUCCGGUCAUAAUGAUAGUAUAGAUCGAAAGGAUGCUCAUAAAAGCGGUAGACGCGAGAGUAACAAUGAUUCUCACAGAUCGCAAAGGGACAGAGAUAGGAAUCACAGGGCCAGCAGACGUGACCACUCUAGAAAGGAUGACGAUAAGAGGAAACAUGAGAGAUCGCCGUUGAGGAAGGACAACGGACGUCCCAGGCACAGGGAAUAUAACGAUCGUAGUGGUAGCAGAGACAGGAACGAGUCCGGUAGGAGACGCGACGACAAGCAGAAGAGGAACUCGGAGGAAGUCCGUGCGAAGCGAGAAUCACCCGAGUGGGGUAAAUCGAGUGUUAAGAAUGAAUCGAAGCCGCAGGAAAAGGAGAGACCCAACUUCGAGUUGUCCGGGAAAUUGACGGAGGAAGUCAACACUUUCAACGGCGUGGUAAUAAAGUACUCGGAACCGCAGGAUGCGAGAAAACCGAAACGCAGGUGGAGACUGUACACCUUUAAAGGUGAAAAGGAAUUACCCACUUUGUACAUCCAUCGGCAGUCGGCGUAUCUCAUGGGGAGAGAUCGCAAAGUGGCUGAUAUACCGUUGGACCAUCCGUCAUGUUCCAAGCAACACGCAGCUUUGCAAUAUCGUCUGGUCUCCUAUCAAAAGGAAGGCGGUCUCGAGAGUAGAAGAAUACGACCGUACCUUAUCGAUCUGGACUCGGCGAACGGCACGUUUGUAAAUAAUGUAAAAUUAGAGCCCAGGAGAUAUCAUGAACUAUUGGAGCGAGAUGUGAUACGCUUUGGCUUCAGUUCAAGGGAAUAUGUUCUCUUGCAUGAACAAAGUAAAGACGACGACCUGGACGAUGAUGUACCUCUCACCGCUGGCUAGAAUCUUUAAUGAUAGAAAUGCCCUAGCAUUGAGGAGGAUCUGUAUAUAGACUGAUUCAAAGGAAACUAAAUUAAUUCAUCGAGAACCCAGAGGACAACAUAUCUUCUUCCACAACCGAUGGUUCUCAUGAAGAGAAGUUCUGGUCUACACAGAUUAACAGAGGAUCUCCCAGAAUUCGUCAUCGUAGACCCUUGGAGGCCCUUGUUGAAGAGUUAUCUACUAUAAAUGUUAUAUAUUGAUGAUGACGGAAAGUAGAAAUUAUUUUUUCUUGAAAUUUCAUACAAUAGAAUUCUUUUCUUGGGAACAUUUAAGAAAUUCACUAGUCACUUUUGACUAUCUAUCUAUUUACAUUUAUGCUUUCCCGCGAUGUCUUCGUUUUAGUACUUAGAUUAGUCACAUUAUUUUCGAGUGAAUUUAAUAUAAUCUUGUAUAUAAAGAGUACUCGAAAAAAAAAAAA